AAGCAUUAAGAAUGUGAAUGAGUUCGACAAACACCAUACCUUUUACAAAGAAAAAAAAACAAAAAAAAACUCAGGACAUGCCUGUGGGCGUCGGGAGGUGACGUUAUGACAAACAAGACAUUUCAGCCAACCAAUGGCGUCCCUUUCGUUAUUACCUGACGUCAUAUGGCAUCGCAUCCGGGAGUUUUAUUAUUUUUUUUUUCUCGAUUAAAUAGGUCUGAUCGGUAGGAUUGUAGCCUUCAAGAGCUGGGGUUAUAUAAGGAUCUCAGCCGUGAAGACAAAUAAUCCUAACAUUUUUUUUUACAAUCAUUCAUUAGCUUAGUAACCUGCAAAAGUGUUUGGGACAUAGAACACACGCUAAAAAAAAAUGUUCAAAUUUCUUGCCAUUCUAGCUCUUCUCGGCUUAACACAAGCUCGUAAGUACAACUAUAUUAUCUAAUUUUAUAUUUUGUUGUAUACUCAGCUACAUUUAAUUAGUUCUAAAAAAAAAAAAGAUAGAACAUUUAUAAAAAAAAAAUAUAACUUUCAGUUCGAUAAAUGUUGUUUUAACAAAAAAGAAACACACUUCACGAGUAAAUUGAGUUUUGAUAAUAUUUAUUUAUUGACCUUCAAGGUAAAAGCAUUACUUUCUUCGUAAGAGGAAAAAUUUGCAAGCAACCAAGUGGCCUUUGAAUACAAUUUUUUUAAUUUAAAAAAAUGCGGUUAUUUUAAGGUUGAGAUAAGUGACUAUAGAUUGUUGAAGUUUUCAGUUGAUAAAAUUCCGAUUCAUCUGAAAUGAACUUAAAAUAAAUGCCAGCCUAAUUCUAGCUGUGCACGACCAAAGAAAAAUCGGAUAUCUGUUCAAUUAGUAUUCGUUAGUUUUUUUUGUUGUUUUUUUUUAACAUGCAUCUAUUACAACAUACUCCGCUGGUUUACAACAUUCGCCUUCCCACCUGCUGCACAAAACAAUGACAUGGAUCUAUUGCCACGCCAGACGUAGAUGUAGGCAUUGCAGCGCACUGCACUGGAUUUAAAAAAAAAAAAAAAACGCCAACAGCCAGUCGUUGAACCGAUGACACUAGAAUCCCCCCCCCCCACACAUAAAAAAAAAAAAAAAAAACGCCAACAGCCAGUCGUUGAACCGAUGACACUAGAAUCCCCCCCCCCACACCCACACACACAAACACACACUUUUUUCCCAAUGUCUUGCGUUACGUGUUUCCUUGACGCACGUUUUACAAUGACGUCCUCCUAAAUGAUUCGCUGCUGAAAAAAUAUAUAUAUAUAUAUUUGCAUGGGGCUUGUUUUGAGAGCAUCAUUCUAUAUAUAAUACACUCAUAACGAUGAUUGGGGUCAAGAUCAAUACUAUUUGUCGGUUCCCAUCAUUUAUACUUAAAUAAAAUGGCUGUAGAAAGAGAGUAAACAUGAUGCUGGUAACAGCUGAUGCAAGGAGAAUAAUACAUCUAGUCUGUUUCAUGUAUUUGUAUUCGUAGCAUACUUUAUAUGUAAAUUAUAAAUAGGAAAACCUAUAUAAAAACAUACAAUGAGUGUAUAUUUUUUUAAAAAAUACAUAACUUUCAGGUUUAAAGAAAAUAUAAUUAGUCAUUGAUGUUUAGCGCAAAAUUCAAAACGUGCAUGUUCGUGUUUCAGAUACUACUCGACCCAGUGUUCAGAAGUGCAAUCUAGUAUGUCAGAGCGGUCAAGUUUUAGACACGCUUCGAUGUCAGUGCAAGGCGCUUCGACCCAUUGACCCCCUUGCCUGCCCCCAGAUAUCGUGCCCACGGAGCUGCCCCUCGGGCUUCGAGACAACGACGGAUGCCAAUGAGUGCAACUACUGCGGCUGCCGAGCAGAGAUAGCCUGCGCUCCUGUUCUUUGCAGAAUGUACUGCCCCAACGGCUGGGCCAAGAAUGAGAGCACCGGGUGUGAUAUUUGCAAAUGUAGAGAGCAGCCAGCUCCCCUCGCCUGCCCCCAGAUCUCGUGCCCAAGGAGCUGCCCCUCGGGCUUCGAGACAACGACGGAUGCCAAUGGGUGCAACUACUGCGGCUGCCGAGCAGAGAUAGCCUGCGCUCCUGUUCUUUGCAGAAUGUACUGCCCCAACGGCUGGGCCAAGAAUGAGAGCACCGGGUGUGAUAUUUGCAAAUGUAGAGAGCAGCCAGCUCCCCUCGCCUGCCCCCAGAUCUCGUGCCCCCUGGGCUGCCCCUCGGGCUUCGAGAUAACGACAGAUUCAAAGGGGUGCAACUACUGCGACUGUCGAGCAGAGAUAGCCUGCGCUCCUGUUCUUUGCAGAAUGUACUGCCCCAACGGCUGGGCCAAGAAUGAGAGCACCGGGUGUGAUAUUUGCAAAUGUAGAGAGCAGCCAGCUUGCAGGCCCGUCCUAUGCUACAUGUACUGCCCCAACGGCUGGGCCAAGAAUGAGAGCACCGGGUGUGAUAUUUGCAAAUGUAGAGAGCAGCCAGCUUGCAGGCCCGUCCUAUGCGAAAUGUACUGCCCCAAUGGCUGGGCCAAGAAUGAGAGCACCGGGUGUGAUAUUUGCAAAUGUAGAGAGCAGCCAGCUUGCAGGCCCGUCCUAUGCGACAUGUACUGCCAAAACGGAUGGGCCAAGGACGAAAACGGCUGCGACAUGUGUAAAUGCAGCUCAUCCCGCGCCCAAUGCCCUCCAUCACCAGUGUGCAGAAACUUAUGUCUGUUUGGACGAACCAAUGACGCCAGAGGAUGCCCCACGUGCCAGUGCCAGUCCGGUCCACAGACAACAAGACCCCAGUGCCCGGGUGUUUGCAAAAACCUGUGUCCUUUUGGCAGGGUGUAUGACGCCAACGGAUGCCCCACGUGUCAGUGCAGAAGCGAUCCUCAGAUCCCAAAGACCACCGUUAGACCACGAGGUUCCGAAUGCGGCCCUGUGUGUGCGAAUUUCUGUCCUUACGGUAGGGUCUCCGAUUCACGUGGGUGCCCCACAUGCACCUGUAGAUCGGCUAGACCCAUAGAUCUUAUUCUCUCGUAGAAAAGGCCACAGUUUCAUAUCACAUAUAUUCUGUGCUUUCUUUUUUUUUACGAACUCUUAAGUAUAAAUUAAAAUGAAUUUAGCUAUUACACGAUUUGAUCAUUAGGUUGAUUUCAAUCAAUAGCUGAUGUCCAAAAGUGUGCCUCAGAAGUAUGGACAUUAAAGGACAUGGUAGCCUAUCUAUAGAUAAUGCAUAAUGGCUGUGUUGCUUAGGGUUGAAAUGGCUAGAAAGACUUUGCCAUUGUAUGCUUGUAAUUAGUUUUUGUAGUGUUGCGUUUGCUUUAAAUGUAAAUUAUAGAUUGUUUUUUGUUGACUUUGUACCGCGCUUCGAGCCUUUGGGGAUGAAGCGUGUUUUUGAAAUGAACUUUAUUGUUAUUAUUAUUAUUAUCAUGUGACAUGACUCAACAACUAAGAUGUAGAAUAAGAGCCUUGAGUCUUCAUGGUGCAGAAGAAGUUACGAGAAUAAAAUAAAUUACGUUUAAAAAAUGCAUUUGAAUUCCAAAUUUCUCGAUUGUUUCAUAAAAAUAAAUACUAGAACAAGGUAUGUUUAUUGUGGGAAAAGAGUCAAAAACAAAAUAAUUCACCAUAUUCUCGAUCGUAGAAAAUGGUGCAUCUAUGUGUCGCUAGGAAACCAAGCUUCUAGCUCCAACAUUCACAUAAUUGUAUGUCAAAGUAAAAAAAAAAAACUAGUUAUUUAUUCAGUAUUUAGUUUAGUUUAGCUAACAUCUAUUGCAAUAAAAAUACUUAUCACGUUAAAUAAUGUAGAUCAUAGAAACAUUCACAUCGGUUCUUUCUUUGUUUUUUUCCCCCUCAACAUGUAACUCAUUUAUCACUGAAGUCCUUUCAUGUCACUCAUUUCUGUUGCCUUAAGAUGAUAAACUUGUCUUCAGGACGUUAUUAGUCAUUUUUGGCGUUGAUGUACAAUCAUUGGAAGUCCUGUUUUUUUUUAAUAGUUUUUUUCUUUAUAUGUAUCUGUUAUUUUUAGUUCCCUGUGUUCCCUUUCAGUGUGAUCUGUUUAAACUGUUUGGAUGGGGCGUCGCCCAGAUGUGCAUGUCUUAUUAUAUAUAUACAAAUGUUUAUGAUUGUGAUUAUAUAUACAAACAAUAUAUGUUUAAUCAUCAGCGUCAUCAUGCAGAUUAAGAGGGAAUACAAAACUCACAGACAUGAAGAUUUGUGUGAAGGACUAUUUUUUUAAAAUAAUUAAUUUGAUUAAAAAAGUUUCUCAUAACAUGUUAAAUUCAUCAAUAAUG